AUGAUUGAAGUAGAUGACUCUGUUGAAGGUAUUUUUACCAUAAGUAUAUCUCGUCAUAGUUUGGAGGAUAAUUUUCGUGGGGCUUUAAUUGGUAUCUAUGGCCCUUGCAACGUGAAUGAAGAGAAGAGAUUUCGUAUGGAGCUAACUACCUUGCAUGGUUAUUGGGAUGGAUUUCCUUUGUGUUUUGGUGGAGAUUUUAAUGUGGUAAGAUACAUGGCGGAGAGAAGAGGUUGUUGUAGAGUUUCGAAUUCUAUGAAACUAUUCAAUGACUUAUGUAAUGAGUUGGACCUUGUGGACUUGCCUCUUUCGGGUGCAAAGUACACUUGGAGUAGGCAUCCUAACAAGAAGAGCAAGAUCGAUCGUUUUCUUUUCACUCCGGAUUGGGAAGAUCAUUUUCCAAAUAUCAUUUUCAAGCGCCUCGCAAGACCUUUUUCGGAUCAUUUUCCCAUUGAGUUAUGUUCAUUGGAUUCGGAUUGGGGUGCUUACCCUUUUCGUUUUCAAUUAGCUUGGCUUGAUGGAACUAACAUAAUCACCUUAAUGAAAGAAUGGGCUAUCAACAAGGCACUUACCAAGUUUAAAGAGUUAGAUGAACUCGAUGAUGAAAGGGGUCUUACUGAAGUUGAAGAAUACAUGCUUGUGAAGGCUAAAGUAAAAUUUGACGUGGCUCAUCAGCGUCAAAGCAUAAUGAUGCGGAAAAAGUCAAGAAUUAGAUAUUUUCGAGAUGGAGAUAGAAACAUCAAACAUUUUAAUCGUGUGGUGGAGUGUCAUAGAGCUCUUAACAACAUCAAUAACCUUCAUAUCAAUGGACGAUGGACCGGAAACAAAGAUGAAAUCAAGAUGGGUAUUGCAAAUCAUUUUGAGUUAGUGUUUAAAGAAAUUUCAAACAACCGUCCAAGAAUGAAAAAUAUGUGUCUCAAGCGUAUUGACGAGAAUGCAAGCAUAUGGUUGGAGAGACCCUUUAGCGAAGAGGAAGUUAAUAAUACAAUUAAAUAUUUGGGAAUUGAUCGUGCUCCAGGUACGGAUGGAUAUCCUAUGAAGUUCUUCAUUGUGGGAGUGGAGGAAGUAAAAGAUUUUUGGCCUAUUAGCCUUGUUGGGAGUGUGUACAAAAUCAUCUCAAAGGUAUUAGCGGAGCGUUUAAAAGUAUAUCUUCCUACUCUCAUAUUAACUUCUCAAUCUAGCUUUAUUAAAGGAAGACAAAUUCUUGAUGGAGUAUUGAUAGCAAACGAAUGUGUGGAUUCUAGACUUCGUCAAAAAUUACCGGGGUUGGUUUACAAGCUUGAUUUUGAAAAGGCAUUUGAUAAUGUGAAUUGGAAUUUUUUAAACGAAGUCUUAUACAAAAUGGGGUUUGGUGGUGUCUGGAGGGAAUGGAUUAUAAAUUGUUUAACUUUCUCAAAGUUCUCGGUUCUUAUUAAUGGUUCGUCUUAUGGUUACUUUGGUAGUGAAAAGGGAUUACGUCAAGGAGAUCCACUUUCUCCUUUUCAUUUCACAUCGUUGGAUGAUGCUCUUAAUAAGAAAAGGAUUCACAAUAUUCGUUGGAAAAUUGCUACAAAAUCAAAAGAAAAAGGCGGUUUUGGUAUUCGUAGAACGAAGCAAGUGAACUCGGUGUUGCUAAAGAAAUGGUGGUGGCUUUUUGAUCUAGAGAAAGAUGCAUUGUGGAGGAAGAUUAUGGUAGAGAAAUUUAGCGAAACCUUUACCGGUUGGGAAACUCUCAAACCCAAAGGACCAAAAGGAUGUAGCUUAUGGUUUAAAAUCUAUAAAGAGCUUGAAGACUUUAACAAAAGUAUUAGAUUCAAGAUUGGUGCGGGCAAGGAAACUAGAUUUUGGGAAGAUGCUUGGCUUGGUGAAGGAAGAUUAUAUGAUAUGUUUCCUUUGGCUUAUGAAGCUUUAAGGACCAAGGAGUUUGUGGUGGCUAGUAUGUAUGAAGUUAGGGAAGGUGGUGUAAGGUGGGCGUAA